CUACCGUUCGUCCGUCGCGAGGUAGCUAGCCCACACCCAUUGGUUUCGAACAGUCUACGCCGCGACCGCGCUACCUAUCAAUUCAUGUCCUCGGCCCCCACGCCAGGCAGUAUUGUCGAUCUCCUGGGCGGGGAGGCCGCUCUUGCCAGCCUCUUGCGACAGCGGACCGAGUCUCAUCCACAACCACAACAUCAACCCAAUCAAGCUUUGCUGGCCAACCUCGGCUAUCUUUUGUCGAACAAUGCUCAGCUCUCUUUCAACCCGUCCGUCAGCCAGGGCACCCGCGGCGCACCGCAACCCUUCAAUGCCACUGGACACGGACAGUCUCGGAUGACGGGCCCUGAGAUGGGACAACUGCUUGUCGCGCUCCAGCAAGCGACACAACAAACAGCAGUAUCCGGUAUGUCCCAUCCGAACUCGCAGCCCCCGAGCCAGGCGACAACGCUCGACAAGCUAGCGGGUUCCUCGCCGGAUGACGAGAGGAUUCUUGUGAAUACUUUGGCAACUAGGGGACUGAAGGGGUGGUCUGUCAGACAGGCACUGGAAGCUUUGCAUGGUGUUAACAAUCACACUGGCGGGUCUUGGAAGGACUACUUCCUGGACAACUAUGACCGCUUGUCGCAGCGUGUUUCACUCUCAAACGAAGAAGAGGAAGACCCGGAGUCGUCACCGGUUGCGAUCUCAAGAGGGAGAACGAUGUCAAGAGGAGAUAGCUCUGGUAAUGGCCCUCCUACGUUGCACACAAGCCGACACUCGGCAUCCCGCCCGAGGCCAAAAAAGCAGCGCAGUCGAUCCCGGGGACGAUCGAACUCUCGUGUACGUCCGCAACAACGCGUACGCUUCUCCGAAUCACCGUCAAGGUCGCCCACACCCCCACCUCCUGCUGGUCCGUCUACAGGAAAUGGGAGGAGGUAUACGGAAGAGGAAGAGGAAUAUUUCAUCAAAUCGCUCAAACGGCAGCUACGCAAUAAUCCCUUUGUUACUUUCAAGAAGAUGGCACAGGUACUGGCGGAGAAGGCACCUGCCUGUGGCCGAUCAGUAGACUCAUGGAGAAGUCAUUUAACUAUGGGAAGACGCACCGACGUCGAUCGCAUGAUUGCUGAUGCCCGAGACAAACACAAGGGACGCAUGUGCGAAGAACUCUCAGUCGAACAUCACGGAGACGAUCAGUCGAGCGCGGAAGACGAGAGUAACGAGGAAAAGUCAGCGGGGACGCAUCACGGAAAGGGUAGGGAAAGCAGCCAGGCUUGUCUGCCGGAUGAAGAUCCUGAUACGGAAGAGGACAUCCCGAACAUGACCACGUCGGGGCAACUGUUGAGGAUGGCCGACUUUCGUAUGGCUGCCAGAUAUAUCGCCUCGAGAGGAGAUUGGGAUUCCGCCCUUCUAAACUCGCGAGGUGGGACGCUUUCGCACUGCAGGUAUUAUCCCCAACGGACUGCCAAAGCAUGGGCACAGGCAUACCUCAAUCACCGCACGGUUAUAGAUCAGAUGGUGCCGAAGUACAGGGCACGGUAUGCACAGUGCCAGGAGAGGCGGACCUCAUCGAAGGCUGGUGACGCGGGCACCACAACAGGCUCACCGUCAUUCCACGACGGGAGCAAGCGCAGCCAUCGGGAGGUCGACGGAGACGAUGGAGCGGUUUCUGCUACUGGAAAGCGUCCAAGAGAUUCAUAUUGAGAAUGGCUGCAUGGAUAUGCAAUGCACGCUCAUGUGCCGUAUCUUGGAAUGCCCCAAACUUCCAUUUAUGCAGGGCUUGUAUGAGCGAAUUCUAUGAAGUAUUUUAGUACUUACUGCACUCUUGUCCUCCUCGCAUAAUUCCGUGAAAGCC